CCCUUUCUUGACCAAUCAGAGCGAGACACGGAGGGCCGCUCUAUUCGACUGUGGAACUCUUUCACUCGAAAAACUCGUCCUUCAAAUUACACGUAAUUCCACUAUUCUAACUUGGCGUGCGAUACAAUGAUCAUAUCAAUUGGUCUUUUUCUGGCCGGUUUUGUUGUGUGUUCACAAGCUCUCUACGGCCCGAGCACCGAUGUUGUCGAGUUAACUGCAAAUAAUUUUAAUAAUCGAGUUAUUAAUGACGAUGCAGUGUGGAUGGUGGAAUUCUAUGCCCCUUGGUGUGGCCACUGCAAAGCGCUAGCACCAGAAUGGAUGAAGGCGGCAACAGCACUCAAGGGUGUUGUCAAAGUUGGUGCUGUUGACAUGGAUGUACACCAGUCUGUUGGUGGGCCCUAUAACAUCAGAGGGUUUCCAACUAUCAAGAUCUUUGGAGCCAACAAAAACUCCCCUCAAGACUACAAUGGCCAGAGAACAGCCCAGGGUAUCGUGGAUGCCGCCAUGAGGGCCGCUCAGGAGGCAGUGUCGCAGAGAAUGUCUGGGGGUGGGCGCAGCAGCUCAGGCGGUGGCGGUCGACGUGGCGGCAGUGGUGGCAACAAGGAGGAUGUUGUUGAGCUUACUGAUACCAACUUUGAGAAGGAGGUUCUCAACAGCAAGGAUUUGUGGCUUGUGGAAUUCUUUGCUCCUUGGUGUGGUCAUUGCCAGCGGCUGGCUCCUGAAUGGGCUAAGGCUGCCACUGAACUAAAAGGCAAAGUGAAAGUUGGUGCCUUAGACGCCACUGUGCACACCGUAACAGCUAGCCGAUACCAAGUACAGGGUUACCCCACUAUCAAGGUAUUUGCCGCUGGCAUUAAGAACUCCCACAGUGUUGAGGACUACCAAGGAGGUCGCACCGCAUCUGACAUCAUCCAGUAUGCCUUGGACAAGGCUGCAGACUCCAUCGAACCACCAGAGGUCAUCCAGGCGAUCAGUAAUGAGGUGUUAAAGGAGGGUUGUAACGAGCACCCCAUCUGUGUAAUCGCUUUCCUUCCACACAUCUUGGACUCUGGAGCUUCUGGGCGCAACACCUACCUAGCCAACCUGAAGGAGCUGGGAGAGAAGUACAAGAAGAACAGGUGGGGAUGGCUCUGGUCUGAGGCUGCGGCUCAACCCAAGCUGGAGGAAGCUGUCGAGGUAGGAGGCUUCGGGUACCCUGCCAUGGUCGCGGUCAACAUCCGCAAGAAGAAAUUUGCAGUUCUGAAAGGGUCCUUCGAUCGCACAGGCAUUGAUGAGUUCCUCAGAACAGUGUCUGUGGGUAGGGGAUCAACUGCAACCAUGAGGGGCGACUCACUUCCUGAGCUAUCCUCUAUUGAGGCAUGGGACGGCAAGGAUGGACAGCUCCCACAGGAGGAGGACAUUGAUUUAUCAGACGUUGACUUGGAUGACGAGGACGAGCCCAAGAAAGAGGAAUUAUAAAGACACUAAUUUUAGGCACAAUUUUGAUAUUUCCACAUGUAUCAUCCUCGCCUGCUUAUAGUCAUCUCGUUGUUAAGUCACUAUCUCUUCGAAGGCGUCUUUCCACUCGCUUAUCUCUUUGUGAAGUCGAUCGUUUUUAUGUAACUUUGCUCGUUAGGGGGUAUGAACGCUACUCUAGAUCAUCUUUUUAUUAAGUCAUCGAUGUGAUUAUUAAGACCACGAAUGUCGCUGCUUUGUGAGAAGAUAGCUUGUUUUGAGUAUCGCCUUGCGCCUCGACCAUUAAAUUAUUUACUGAAACAAAUUUGCUGUGAGGAUUAUUGAACGCCAAGACGAUGAUGGCUUCCUAUCCUUGUAGGUGUUCUUGUCAAGGCAUGGAAAGGCAAAGUUUUACCGACUCGAAACAAACUAGAGGUUUAAAUUGUUUGUAAUAGAAUGAUAGGUCGUAAUAAAGUUACCUUUUCUCGAUA